AUGGGGCAAGCUUGCUGUAAUAAAAGUCUAAUGGCAUACUAUCUGAGCCAUUUAGUUUUAGCUCUUGCUAUGCUCAUUACUCACUUUAAACCUCUACCGAUUAUAAUUCAGAUGCUCAUGUACACUUCAUCAAUUAUUUAUAUUGGAUCGUACUUAUCCCUUUCCCAAGUAAUCAUUGAUCCCAAAACAGGAGAAAAAGAUCGAAGUACAGAAUCACUUUCUAGGAAAGAUGCAAUGAUGUUUCCAGUUAUUGGUUCAGUUGCCUUAUUUUCGCUAUACUUAGCAUAUAGAUUCCUUCCUAUUUAUUGGGUCAACCUGCUCUUGACUUCUUACCUGUUCUUAAUUGGUGCAGUUGCCCUAAUGGAAACUAUUUUACAAUUCAUAUCAAUUGUUAUUUAUAAAUGUGACGACAUCUGUAAGGAAACUAAAAUUGUCGUAGUUGAUACUCACUUUAACUUCUUUGGAUACUUUGAGAACCCAGAUGACCCAAGAGGCCAUGAAAUCAAGAUAACUAUUCACCACUUGUGGUCACUUCUACUUAGCUUGGCGCUUGGAAUCACUUGGAUAGCAACUGAUUCCUGGAUUAUUCACAAUAUAUUUGCAAUUGCAUUCUGUAUUCAAGCAAUUUCACUUAUCUCCAUUGGGAGCUUUAAGAUUGGAGCUAUUCUACUCAUUGGUCUAUUUGUUUACGAUAUCUUUUGGGUAUUUGGGACGGACGUUAUGGUGACGGUUGCGAAAUCUUUCCAAGGUCCAGCUAAGCUUAUUUUCCCAGUAUCUUUUGAUCCAUGGAAGCAGAGUAUACUUGGGCUUGGAGAUAUAGUUAUUCCAGGAUUUUUCAUAUCCUUAUGUUUGAGAUUUGAUCUUAAAGACUUCACUAAGAAACACAAUCAAAGUCUUUACCACUUGAUUUCCAGUUCUCCAAAAGCUCCCACCUUUUCUACUGUUCUGGUUGCAUAUUUACUUGGACUGAUCACAACUGCUUGUGUUAUGUUAUACUUUAAAGCGGCUCAGCCUGCACUACUUUAUUUAGUUCCAUUCUGCCUUAUUAGCAUGAUUUGCUCUGUAGUGUAUAGAAACAAGUCCACCGAGGCUUGGAACUAUUCUGAGGAAGAAGGUAAAUCUGAUGACGAAAAAAACGACUCCAAAGAGGGCUUUAAGGAGGAUGAGUCACAAAAAAAUACUUCAUCCAAUAAAAAAACGCAAGAAUUAAAACAUGGAAAGAGUGAUUGA